AUCUUGCAUUUAAAUAUGAAUUACAAAGACCGCUGUAGAACUUGUUUAGGCAGUGAAAAGGAAAUGAGACAUGUACACUCUGUUUUAUCAAUAGCUGGCGAUGAUGUUCGUUUAUCUGAUGUUUUACAGAAUUUUUAUAAUUACACGAUAACGGCAGACGAUUCGCUACCUGAGAACAUUUGCAUAAAUUGUGUUCAUCAGCUUACGCUAACGUAUUCCUUUAAAAGACUCAUCGAAUCGAGCGCUAAAACUCUCUCUGAAAGUUUGCACCUCAUCGAUUCCACCAGCGAUAACUGUGACGCUAGUUUUGAAUCUGACGAUCAGAAACCAAUAAUAGUAUUCCGUAAACCAUACGAAAGAAGACGAAUCGUCAAACGAAUACAAAGAGAGGUAAAGCGGGAAACGGAAAAUAAAUUAUUGUUUUGUGUAGAAUGUAAGGAAAAGUUUUAUUCUGUAAAGUCUCUGAGUGAACAUUGUAUAAUCAAUCAUCCAGUGAAGUCAUUGUUAGGGAGAGAUUGUGAUUAUUGUCAUGAAAAAUUUGAAGAUUUUCGAUCCCUUGUCCUUCAUAGGAAAUUACAUUUUACACCAUAUAUAUGUGAAAAUUGUUGGGAGGGGUUUUACAGUAUUGAAGACAUAAACAGACAUUCUUGUCAACCAAACCCCGAUAAAGAAAAAAGUAAAUCCGAGAAAGUAUUACGACAGUGCGAUCAAUGUGGAAAGUCAUACCCGCCCGGUUAUAUAAAAAUACACAUGCUUACGCACAGCAACGACCGAGCGUACAGUUGUAAAUUUUGUCCAAAAAAGUUUAAAGUGCCCGGAGGUUUGCAUUCCCAUGUUUUAUGGAAUCACAAGCGAACUAGAAAUCACAAAUGUGACAUUUGCAACGCGACAUUCAUAUCAUCCAGUUCACGAAGCUCACACGUACGUAAAAAUCACUUGAAAGAAAAGAAUUACGGUUGCGAAAGUUGCGGAAAGAGAUUUUUCUCAAAAUCUGAAUUACAGAGACAUUCAUUAACCCACACUGGUGUCAAGAACUUCCAUUGCCAUUUGUGUGAUAAAUCUUACCAAACUAGAUACGGGCUAAACGUACAUUUGAAAUCUCAUACACAAUGCAGUGAUUGAUAAUAUAAGUGUACGUGGUAUAGACUAACGAACAAUAUAAGUACAAAGUAACUAUUAAAAAUAUGAUCUCAUUAUUGUAAGAAUAAAAAAAUCUAAUUUGUC